UGAAUCCUUCUGACAUCCCCCUACGAUUGAUUGAUUCUGCGUCCAUCGCUCGCUAAGGUCGCGUUGCAAUCUGUGAGCGCACGCCCCGAACUCCGGUAUACAUAUGUCCAGCGGUGUUGACGUCCGACGACGUCCAGGAAUCUGGUCUUACCUGAGCUUCUCCUCGAGCCCUCGCCGCCGCACCUCCGUCUCGCUACCGCGCAACAACAACGCCCAGGAUCCCUUUGAGAAGGCCGACCGUCACUCAGGACACGGCCCGUCAGGAUCAGGCUUCAUGAACGAUAUCAAGGCUGCGGGGAUGAAUCAGGGGCAGCGGACACGAUAUCUGAAGGCGGGCGGCAUUCUCGCCUUCAUCCUCCUUAUUUUCUUCUAUCUCGCGCCUAGACAUGGCAGUGAUACAGGCCCUUUCCCCGGUGGAGAUACCGCGUCAGACCCUACAUUGGCAACGACAAAGUGCAAGAAGUCCUUCGACUCCCACAAGCCCCUCAUCCAGUACGCCCUCAUGAUCGACGCUGGCAGCACUGGCUCACGCAUCCACGUAUACCGUUUUAACAAUUGCGGCUCAACUCCCGAGUUGGAAGAUGAGGUAUUCGAGAUGACCGCGAAGAAGGAGGGCGGCUCUGGCUUGAGCUCAUACGGCGAGAAGGCUGAAGAGGCCGCGGCCAGUUUGGAUGUCCUGAUGGACGUUGCUGUGAAGCACGUCCCCGACAAAAUCAAGAAGUGCACCCCAGUUGCCGUCAAGGCGACUGCCGGCCUUCGCAAACUUGGCCCUGAAAAAAGUGACAACAUCCUGAAAGCUGUUAGACACCGCUUGGAGACUAAGUACCCCUUCCCCGUUGUUUCUGACGAGAAUGGAGGCGUGGAGGUUAUGGAAGGCAAAGACGAAGGUGUCUACGCCUGGAUCACAGCCAAUUACCUCCUAGGGAAGAUUGGUGGCCCGGACAAGUCCCCGACCGCAGCUGUCCUUGAUCUUGGUGGUGGAUCCACUCAGAUCGUUUUCGAGCCUACCUUUAGGGAUAGCAAGACUGGCGGUAUGCCCGAGAAGCUGGCCGACGGUGACCACAAGUACGAACUCAGCUUCGGCGGCCGCAAGUUCGAGCUUUACCAACACUCCUACCUAGGCUACGGUCUGAUGGAAGCCCGCAACAACCUCCACAACGUCGUCAUCAACGCCACCUACGAGGAAAACAAAUCGACUGACGCCUCCACCUGGUUAUCCAAGCCUGUCCUCAACCCCUGCAUCGCUCCCGGUAUGUCCAAGGAGGUCACCGUUAGUCUAGGCGCUGCCCACCCUCUCGGCGAGUCCGUCACUGUCAACAUGACCGGCCCAACAGACGGCUCGCCAGCCCAAUGCCGCGCCCUCGCCGAGAAGACCCUCGAGAAAGACGCUGAUUGCAAGCUUGCCCCAUGCGCCUUCCGCGGCGUCCAUCAGCCCUCGCUCGAGAAGACGUUCGCUCGCGAAGACGUUUUCCUCUUCUCCUACUUCUACGACCGCACGCAGCCUCUCGGUAUGCCAGAGUCUUUCACGCUAGCCGAGCUCAAAGACCUUACUCACCGCGUCUGCCACGGCGAGGAGGCCUGGGACGUCUUCCACAGCAUCGAGGGUGCCUUGGAUGAGUUGAGGGGCCGAGCGGAUCAUUGUUUGGAUCUGAAUUUCAUGCUUGCGCUGCUGCAUACUGGGUAUGAGAUGCCGAUUGAACGUGAAGUUAAGAUCGCGAAGAAGAUCAAGGGGAACGAGUUAGGAUGGUGUUUGGGUGCUAGCUUGCCAUUACUUAAUAAGGAGUCAGGAUGGCAGUGCAGGAUCAAGGAUGUCACGCAGUAGAUGUCUGAAAUUAAACGGAGAGCGACGAGCGACGAUGAAUAAUGCAUUGGAUCGGCGUUUAAGUUUCUUUUUCUCUUCUUCUCCCCUGCCUUGUAGAGCUUCUAUUGCGUUAUUCUUCGCAUCAUCUCUUUCCAUCAGGAACAUUUGUGUCUCAUGGGUCAUGUGCAUUAUAAAGAUGUAUCAUAUCAUCAAUCGCAUUGCUUUUCCACGAAACCCAU